CACCGUGAAAGUUUAUCAUCUACACAAUUUCCGAUAGAGGUCGCUAUAAAAAAAUACAAGAAAGUAGAAUAUCGAUUGUAUUACUUUUAGGAAUAUUAUGCUUAUUACUAGCAUUUGUACAAGUUGCCCUUUGAUAUGAUGGCAGCGAGUUGAAGAUGUUUUCUGUGCGGAUAGUGAGCACAGAUCACUACAUGGCCACCCCUGUGAGGGGCCUGGACGCCAUGUAUGCUGAUCAACGUGGAUCUGAAGUCAAGAAAGUGCCAAUAGUCAGAAUAUUUGGAUCAACGCCUGCUGGCCAGAAGACCUGCAUGCACGUCCAUGGGGUGUUUCCCUACCUUUAUGUGCCGUACGAUGGAACACUGCCCUGGGACCGCUACCUGCGCCAGUUCGCAUCCAGCCUGGACAAGGCUAUCAAUGUGGCCCAGGGCUACGGACAGUCCAACCUUCAGCAUGUAUACAAGAUUGUUCUGGUGACUGGGAGAUCAAUGUACGGGUACCACGAUGCGGAUCAAGAGUUCUUGAAAAUCUACCUGUACAAUCCCAUCAUGAUCAGAAAAGCUGCUGAUCUGCUGCUAGGUGGUGCGGUAUUUAACAAGCCCUUCCAGCCCCAUGAGGCACAUAUCCCCUACACUCUACAGUUGUUCAUUGAUUAUAACCUGUAUGGAAUGAACAUGAUCAACGUUGGAGCCGUGAAAUUUAGGAGGAAAAGGGACACUGAAGCAGACGCGGUCAUCCUUAGCCAGGGCUCUGAAAAAGGGCAUGGGUUUCUUCCAAAGACGCCGGUUUCCUUCACCGGCCUUCUGAAUAGGUCAGGGUCCGUUACUCCCUCACAACAGCUCUGGGACUUUGAAAAUAUUCCAAGUGAGAUGUUGCUUGACCAUGCUGUGGAGAGACUGACCACAUGUGAGUUAGAGGUGGACGUCGUAGCAGCAGACAUCCUCAAUCGUCAAGAAGUAGUCGACAAAAUUGGUACCAACCCCGGUCUUGCUGCACUCUGGGAGGAUGAGAGACAGAGACGUAGGGACCGCGGGGAGUCCAUAAAUAUUGCACCACCGGCCUCACAAGAACAUGGUGAUGUGCAUAUAUCGGACAGUGAAAUUGAAUUAAGACAGAGGCUUCAAGAGAUACUGUUAGAGCUUCAGCCAUAUAUGGACAGUCAAACUGUUGACAGUGCCAGUAGCUCUCAGGAAGGUCUCAAUCUUAGCCAAGCGUGGGACCUUGACCUUCACACAUCUCAAGACGGGUCCAUGUGCAGUCAGCACACAGUGGUGCUGGACGAAACGUCCAGCCAAGACCGUUCCCUAGUGGACAUCCUGGCCUCUCUGGCAGACGACAACACACCGCCCUGCUCCCAGCAUGCCCAGGCAGCAGCUGACCUUGAGGCCCUGGCCGACCAGGACAGCCUCUUGUCGCAGGUGUCGCAGCCCUGCAGUCAGGAUAUGGAAAACAAGGGUAGAGGGAAGGUGCAGGAGGAUGAUGAUGAGGAGAUUCAGGAGAUGUCACAACCAAUCUGGGACAGUCAGGAGGAAAGGGUAAUGCUGACGGAGGCCUGUGACAUGGUGGGGCUUGAUGACACAUGGGUAGACUCCCAAGUGGCGGGACCAUCUCAUACUGCAGAUAGCCCUGAGCUAGUGGCUGAUCAUCUGGCUGGAGCUCACCAAAAAGACGGGGCUGAUGCGAAUGACAACGGUUCUGACAGUGACAGUGACAUGAGCGAUAUCAUUCCUCAGUACGACGGGGCAACUGAUGAAAAUGGUGAGAAGUCAUCGGGUAUGAAGCGUCUGGGCAUGAAAGGACCUGCCCUGUCGCUGUCCCCUAGAGGUCCUGGGGCUGGGGUGCAAGGUCCGCACAUUGUGCAGGCUAUCAGUCAGGAGAGUGUAGUGGCUGUAAAUCCAUUUGGGGAUUAUCCAUCUCCAGGCAACAGUGCCAUGAUGAUGCAUAGACCAGUCAUCCGUAACAACAAUCCUGCUAUGGCCGGGAGCCAAUCUAGCUGGAAUAACUCAGCUGGAAACCAGCAUUGGAAUGCUGGUAACGUGUACGAGCAUAGACAUUUAGGGAACCAGCAGUUCUCACCGUCACGUGCAGCUUUGAAUAUCCAAGGUCAAGGGCAUAUGUAUUCGAUGGGAAAUCAAAUGUACCCCACUAUGAACAGUCAGUACAUGUAUGGUGAAAACACGGCACGUACGCUGCCUGGGCAGUAUCCAAUGGCAACAAGUGUCAUGUACAAUGCGCCGGAAGCCGGAUUCUUGAACACUAAUCCCAUGAUGCACAGUGGUGGUCAGAGUGCAGUUUUCCAAGGUGAAUGCCAAAGAUCACCUGGUUCUUUUCAUCCCAGUCAUAGCCAAAUGUACCAGAGGCCUCCUUCUUAUGGCCAGAACUCACAGACAUUUAAUGUGACACCCUUGCAGAGGCCAUACGAACCUAGUCAUAUUGAGCCAGCGCAGUUUCCAGAGAUGAUAGGGCAUAGAAAGGUUAAUAAAAAACUACAGGAGACAAUAAGCAGGAAAAAGGCCAACCAAUUCGUCUCUAAUUCAGCCUCAAGUGAAAAUUUUGUGAUUCGUAGACCAGAUUUUACCCAAGGUGUUCAGUCCGUAAGCAUUAAUACUCACUCUGAAGCGGGUCUGCAAUUUGAGAACUCAAUGACCAUGACCUCUACGCACUCAUUGACCAUGACUCACAACACCGGCAUUAACUCCGCUCAGAGUCUCAGUCCACAGUCAUAUUCAGCACCUGGUGGAAGUCCUGGCCAGGCCAAGAAUCAGCAGUCUAGCCUCAGUCCAGGCGACAUGAAGCAGCUUGGGAACAUGUCUGGGUAUUUUCUGCAGCAUUCUCCCAAAACACAAGAAUUGUCUCCACUUACGAGAGGCACUGCCACUUAUAGCACCCCCUUGGUUUCGCCAGGCCAUCCGGGGUUAACUAGUCUUGCCAACAAGCGUCGAAAGCCAGAAAGAAGUAAUGUCGACAGCUCUCAACCAGUGCCAAUCGCUCAUUCUGCAAAUCUUACUGCUAAUGAAAAUCCAUCUGAGGACAGUUAUUUCAUGCAAAGAGAGCCACAAAAAUGUUUUCAGACGCCUGCGAGGCAUAGUCCAGUCAACAGAUCCGCUGCUUUCUCCAGUAGUUUUGCCAUUCAUAAUGUGAAUACGUUAAGACAUGUUUCACCACCAUCAUAUACCUCUCAACCACAGCAGUGCCAUUAUGCUAAAUCUUUUGCCGAAACUUCAAGUAAACUGGCUAAGCAUGAGACUCAAAGGCUUAGUCAAAGCCAGUAUGAAGCAAUUAGUCCUCCAGUCACCCCAGUGUCUUCAUACGCUCCUAGCGCUAUAACCACUUCUUCAUUGUCAGUGACCCCUGUUCAGAACACAAACACUGCUCAGUUAAGUCCUUUAGAAAGACUACUAUGUGAUCCUCACACUGAUUGUGCCACAAAAUACGAAUCUCCAGCAUUACGGCAAAGUCUGAGUCAUUGUUCUGUCACUAGUGUUUUGCCAGCAAGUUCUGAAGAUUUACAAAGGACCAAAGUCUUGCAACAUGGCCAAGGUCUUAUUGGCAAUAUUUCUAGUCAUUCAAGUGUUGUUAACAGACACCCCAGCAAAUGUCUUGAAGAGUCACAAUUGUAUAACCUUCUUUCAGCUAAUAGCAAAAAGAAAUCUCUUGGUGGGUUUUCUGACCAUGGUUCAAAUAAUACUCUAAAUGAUAGUCAACAAGAUCUAUUUGCUGAUAUUGGUACAGGAUCUCUUUCCGUGAACAGUUCAGGAUAUUCAAAGGACCACAGUAGGUCUAGUGGCAGUGAACCUGUGGAACUUGAAGACAGCCUGAAGUCUUUAUUUGACAGAGAUACGCCAUUGGAACCAUUGUCACAACAAAACACAGUGCCCAGAAAUAAUACUUUACAACGAAGUCAAAGUUUGAAUGUGGAGCAAAUAGAUGUUGCUUCCUUAGACAACCUGCGGCACUUUGUAGGCAGUGUGACCAAAGGUUCGGAAUAUGGUGUGCAUUUUAGUAAAGCUGUUUCUACAGAAAAUCUCAGAAAGCCUGUUUCUCUUGGCUCUCUUCAACGCAGUCUCAUGGAGAGCCAUAAAGAAAUGAAGGCAGAAUUAAAGGGCAUGUCACCAGUAAAUCAAGGUGCAGUUUUGCAUGGCGAUCCCAAUGAAUCUCAGAGGUCAGUGGGAACUCUUGAAAAGUCAUUAGUAUCGGGUCAUGAACAAAGCCCAUUUCAUAUCUUUUCAAAUCAGUCUUUGGUGAGGCAGUCGAAACAAAGUUCCAGCCAACAGGAGCAACAUUCACAAGACCAACUACACUCAACUACUAAAAGUCCUGUUUUAAACCAGAUACCCACUCCACGAUUCUCGACUCCACAAAGUGGAAAUUCCAUCACUAACUGGGCAUUACAGCAGGGUCUUGUAAGUUCAAAGGUCAAAGAGGACAUGGGGGCAAAAAGUCGUGGGAGUUCAGGGCGGGGAAGGGGUGGAACACCAGGGAAGAGAGGUCGACCCAGGUUAGAACGACCUGCAAGCAUUCCGGGUGGGUCACCAAUAAAGUCAGUCAGUGUUAGUCAACAUUCACCAUUUCCAAAGAAAAAGAGGGGUCGGCCACGAAAAGGUAUGGAAAAUUUCUCUGAACCGCCACUAGCAGCAGUACAGUUCAGUCCUCCUCAGUCAGUUCAGCAGAAUCAUCAACAAGGGCAUGGUUUGUCUCUAGGCUAUACAAGGGUGAGUGCUUCCGGUUUAGGGAAUUUCUCGUUUAAUAAUCAAGGACCAUUUCAAGAUUGUCAGCAAUCAUUUCAACAGAUGCUUUCAACAGACGAAGAUCCAGGCGACUUCCUUGCAGAACUUGAAAGGUAUCAAGGAAGUGAUAUUCCUCAGAAUCAGUUGUCAAUCUCUUUAGACUCGCGUAAUAUGCAAACUCAAUUUAACAACUUCCAGGAUAAUGUAGUAAGUUAUUCCCGGACAGACUUGAACUUUCCUAAUCCCUCCAAAUGCUCAGGUCAAAGUGAUCACAAUUUAACAUAUGAGGACAAAUUCUCUGGCAUUCCUGUUUCCAGUGCAAGUGACAGCAAUUUCAUGCUUACACACAAUCAGGAUUCAUUUCAUCAGACCGGUUCCAACCUUCAGCAGCAUUUGUUUAAUUGUCAUCAGCAGCAGCAACAUCAUCAUCAUCAUCAACAACCAGAGCUCACUACAAAUACACCAUAUGGCAAUCGAAGUGGUGAACUGGAACUGGUAAACACAGAAUUAAAUCUGUCCCAGGCCAUUGACAUAAGCGAACCAAUGGUUAACUUUGAUGCUUCUGUAGAGCAACAUUUAGACCAGCCAUUCGACAGACUUCGUCCUGAAGACAUUGUGCCUAACCCAACCAUGAUAAACACAUACCAUGCUCAGAGGAUUCCGACAGUGAGCGAACCUUUACUUCCAGCAGAAAGUAGGCUGACAUCUAAGCAUUUAACAGGUUUUGACAAGGAACACUUAGUGAAGAAAUUUUUUCAGAAAAGGCAGAACUCUGUGAAUUCAACCAAUGUUGAAGAGUUAAUAAGAUACCGGCAAAAACCAGUAAUGUCUUCCCCAUUCUACACCUUUAAUUUCCCAUUGCCCAGUCCUGUAUUAAAAGGAAUUAAGUUUAGAAAGCAUCCUUGUCAACAAAUUAACGCACAAGAAAAGGUGCGAAUGCAUCCAAAAGAUGCUCGUAAGUACAGUUUGAUGAAAAUUGGUAGGGAAGUGGUCAAGUUGAUCAACAUGAGUGAGACACAGGUCAAAACUGUUGAAGAGCAGCUGAAAGCUGGUGUGAAAAUUGUGCCUUUUCCUCCUGCCUUGCGAGAGGUGGAUAUUGCAAAUAUCCCUACAUGUAAACAGGCAAAGUCGAGGCUGAAUAUCCACAGAAACCAGAAAAAGCGUCAGAUGUUCCAUGGAAAUAUCGCAAACGUUCCUCACCGGAAAAAGUACAGACAAGGCUUCCAGUACUUCGGCAAAGGAAGCAUCGGUCGAGGACACAAUGUAAAAAUGUGCAAUCAAGAUUUGCCCCGAGAGUUUGAGGAUAACGAAGAUAUAAUACUUAAAGAUGUUAACCUCACGGAUGCAUCAAAUGGCACACUGACACCAAUAAAAUCGAGAACACCAAUAGCAGGUCGUAGUCCUGUGGCGGGUAGGAGUCCGGCAUACUAUACUGGGUCCCAUAAUGUUGAAUCUGACAAGGAAGUGCUUGAAUCUAAACUUGGCGAGCUCGAACUGGACUUGAACCAGUCUGGAAAUAGCCAGAUUUUUAAGGAGAUUCAAGAACUAAAUGGAACAACUGAGGAUGAAUUAGAUGAUCAGUUUGCUGAUGUUAGUGAAUCGGAUGGAAUGUUUGAGAAUUCUGAAAAAGGUUUGAAUAAUGGUACGAUCGAAAAAAGUGACAUUUCUGAUGAAAAUGAGGAGCACAAUGUGUCAUCAGUGAAAACUGAAAUGGAAAACACAGACAAUGAAUCUCUUGGGAAGGUCCCUGUUGGGGAGGAAAGAUUUGGUUUGAAGGUAGAAAAUGAGUUGCCAGAGAAAUGUAACACUGAAAUGAAAGACUUCAAAGCAAUAGCAGAUGCAGAUAACCUAGGACUGUUCACCAAGAAUGGCGUAAACAUGGCAUACAGCUUUAAGAAAACUUUAGAAAUGGCUGCUUUAUUAAAGAAGAAAGAAAUUGAUUUAAGUUAUGAUGAAAAUGAUGGUGGUUCUGAUGUUUGUAAGGUAAAAGGUAAAUCAAGAUCUCGCUCAAGCAGCAUUGAUAGUAUCCCAAGUAAAUUGGCCUCAAGAUGUAAUUCAGUACCUACAAGUGAAAAAGACCUUGCGUUAGUGCAUGUGAAUACCCGUCUAUUAAAACGUGCAACAAGUACAAGCAGUAAUAGUGAUUCGAAUAAAAGUGCCUCUAAACGUUCCAAAAGGUUGUCAAGUACAAAUUCCACUUCUUCAUCGUCAUCAAAGCAUAGUUCCAAGAAGUCCAAAAGGUCCGGGAAUAGGAAAUACUAUAACUGUGAUUCUGACUCUGAUGGCAUUCCUGGUGUGGAUUAUAUAGUGACUAACAGAUUCAAAGGGCGAAAGGAACUGAGAGUGGUUGUUAAUAAACUGGAUAUAGACGGUCUUGAUGGCUUGGAGCAAGGAAAUGGUAAAGAUGGACUCGAUGAAACUUGUCGGAAAACACCUUGCAAUAUGUUAGAGGGAAAAGUUAUUGGUGCUGGAACAGAUAGAAAAAGUGCUGAUCGGUUUAUUACAGGUUAUUCAGCUGAGUUUGAAAAAUUUAUUGCUCAAAAUGUUAACCCCCAAAAAUCGCCAAUUAUAGAAACAGAUUCUGACACAGAAGACUGUGAUAUAGUUGAAGAGUUUUUGGGUACAAAAGUGAGUGUAGGUCCCAAAGUGGUACAAACAAUUACAAUAGAUGUGCCUAAAUUGGACAUCGAUCCAGCUCAUGUUCCAAUGAGAUCAGAACCAACCGUUGCAGAACCAAAGAUAUUUCGGAACAAAAACAGUGUAGAAAUCAUGGAUCUAAAUGACGAUUCUUCUGAGGAAGGUAGUUGUGGUGUGGCCAAAUCAAGAAAGGUUGCCAUGGAGUUAACAAGAGCAGGUGGGAAAGAUCUUUCUAGCUCUACGGAGGAAGAUUUGGUUUUUCCUCAGAUGUCUUCUGCCAAGCGGACAAAACGUCUGCAAAAAAGGAAUCAUGAUGUUUCUGGGCAGAAAAAGAAAAAAUCAAACUAUGUCAAGCAUGAUGGCAGUGCCUUUGUAACUAAGCGCAGGAAACGACCAAAACGAAACAAGCCUACAAAAUUGAUGUGUACUUUGUCUGUAUUGCAUCAUGCUACAAUGGAGAGUUUAACCAAACUUGUGAGUGAUGAAUCCAAUUCUAAUCAAUCUCCAAUUAAGCUCAGGGAUAGUUUAUCUGAUACUAAUAGUCCAUUUCCUAUAACUGUAAAAGCUCCAGACUAUGAACUCUAUGGGGACAAAUCUGAUGAUCAUAAAGUGAUGUAUGAAGACACAAUGUUAUCUUUGGCCUAUUUGUCGCCUUUUUCAAGUGAAAGUUGCAGUGUGUCACCUCCAAGGGCAUUGUCACCUGAAGAAAUGGAAAAAAUAGAUGAAACUAACAGUAACGGUGUGACUGAAAAGGGCAAUACCAGUGUUGAAUGUAAUGAGCAAAAGUUGACUAUGAUGGAUAUAUUGAGCCAAAUGCAUAAUCCUUUUGACAGUUUUGGAAACAAGUUAAAACCUGAUGAAAGUACUAAGCAUAAUAAAGUAGCUAUAGCCAAAACAACUACCCUGACAUUGCAGGAUAUUAAAAACCUGUGUCAAGAAAAACUUGUUUGUAAUACAGGCCCUUUAUUGCCAAGUUGUAGUAAUGCAAAUGAUUCAAUUAGUUUAGCAGACAUUGAUGACAAAGAAGAAAUACAAAAAUUGGAAGCGAAAUCUUCGAAUGUAAAACGUGAAAAUGCCAAAGAAACACCAAUUUCUGUUCUUGUGUCCAAUGAUGGUAAAAUUGCAACAGAAGACUGUCAAAAGGCCAUUGACAAUACCAGUGGUUGUUCCCGGUGGGUUGAUUCACCUCCUCCAGAUCUUGGGCCACCUGUGGGAUCCUCCACAGAACACGAGGACAAAUAUGAUGAUAUACCUCCUCAUUUGACUCCAAACCGUAACAAGUCCAUAAGCGAAUGCAGUGAAAUAAGCAAUAGUGAUGAACAAUUUAAAAAUCUGAACAGGACGUCUGACAGGUACAAUAGGAUACACCAAAUGCCACCAUUUUUGACUCCAUGUAGAUCACCGAGAACUUCCGUGUCACCUCAAGGUGAGUCCAAAAUUGCAGAGAAUUUUGUGAAGAGGUCUCAGCAGAUUGAGGAAAAGCUUAACCAGUCUGUGUGUUCUGAGAAUUCUUCCGAAUCGAUGAACGUUGUGCAUUGUAAGGACUUCAGUGACAUAAGUGAUGAAGAUGGUGAAAGGUCACAUGGUCAAGGUCACAUGCAGAGAAUCCUAAAGCUGGGUGCCGGUACAACGCAGUCAAUUAAUAAUUCUGAAAGUCUUUUCAGUUCUUAUUGUACUGAGUAUUCUACACAAGACUCAAAAGCGAUUGAUCGUGAAACGAAGCUUCGACAAAUAAAAGAAUUUGAAGAACAGAUGGCAAACAAAAAAGCAGACGAAAACAGGAACAAUAUAUUUGACAUUUUCAGUGUUGAAGCGGAAGGUAUUGAGAGAAACACAUCAAGGGAAAGUGAUUCUUUUAAGUACAGAAACAGUUUACAAUUGGAAGCUCAUUGCCAUAAAAAUGGCAUAUUUAUGAAUGCAGGUCAAGAGCAUUUGACAUCGCCACAAAGAAGUGAUCGCAGCUUCUCCAAAAAAUUGCGAGCUGUGGCUUCAAUUAAAAAUUCAUCAUUGACAUCCCUUGCGCCACCAGUGUCCUUUCCAUUACCAAAUUCAAAUCAGCGAAGUGUAAAUUCCUGUCUUCAGGGUCGAACUGAAAUUCCCAGAAGUGUGUUAUUUCAAAGGUCAUUGUCUCAACAUGAUGUUCCUUCUAGUCUCUAUUUCGGAAACCUGGAAAAUGGAUUUGCUGAAAACGUGCAUUUGAAAGAUUUUAAGACCAGGAAUGCUAGUAUGAAUAUGUUUCAGAGACUGCACGCUGAAACCAAACAUAGAUCUCAGCAGAGCUUUUUUGAAAAUAUUUCAAACGGAAUAAACAAUUUUUCCAAUCAAAUUGGCCAUACAAGUGUUAGUGGAUAUGGUGGAGAUUUGUUUGAGUCGUCUGUGGACUCAGUAUUGUCUUUUAAUAAACCCAGACCACAACUGCAGAGACCAUUAUCAGAGAAUUCACAAAGAUCAAAAUAUGGCAUUGUGCAUAAUUUGAAAAUGUGUGAUUCCAUUCGAAAAUGUGUCAAUAAUUUUGUACCAAGAGAGGACAAUGGUAUCAAUGGUCCUGUUCCAUUUGUUUCAUUUGGCAAAGGCCAUGAAAGGAACAAUCCAGAAUCAAUCAGAUUAGGUGAUAGUUCAAAAGAUGAUUCUUACCUAUCAAAUAACACCUCAAAUAGUUCUCUUUCAAAUUCCCAUAAAAGAGACAAAGGACCAAAUGAAAGCCAAGAUGGCGGAAGUGGUGAUCAUAGAUACAAAGAAUCAAUGGAGAUUGUUGAGCAGCCUGCUUUCCAUGUGAUCACCCCACUAAUCUGCCCUCCAUCCAGGGAGAGUGUUCAGAUAACCGCCACUGAGCAUGGACUACCUGUCCAUCAGCUGGUGCAUGCUUUCUAUGGGAACCACAGAGAUGUGCCGGAGAAACUGAGGGAGGGAGGUGGUCAUGUGAUCAAAGUCCCAUCCACUCUGGUAUCUGAACUAGAGGAAUUUGAGUCUGCUGAAACUUUUGUUACUGGUCUCAAGAACUGGCGCAUCAUUUUAUCAUCUGGUAGUCAGAUGUCAUCAUCACAGACUGGAUCAAGCGAUUUGCUGCAAAAACUUGACCAAGAGCCCUCUAUGAGGUAUGCUAUAACAGGUGACCAGUCUGUGAUCAUAACACCAUGUUUACUUCCUCCACUAGUGAAGAGUGUUCAACAGUGGUUAAAAGAGAAAACAAAGAGUGUGUCAGUGACAAAGACUGAAAACAAGAAACAAAUAUCUGAUGAUAAUUCUAAAUUAGCAUUAAAUGAAGAUAAACAAAAGAAAACUAAAGUUGAAAAUAAUGGAAAAUCAAAAUUGAGUGUUGGAAUAGAAAGGAAAAAUGGGAGCUAUAGAUUAAAUCUAUUUACUGGAAAGCGUGAAUGGACAAGUCAGUCGGAUUCGGAUAGUCCUCAUUCUAGUCAAGAAAGUGAGGUUAAAAAACUGAAGACAAAACAUUUUGCAGAAAAAGACAAUUCUGUGCCUACCAAACAUGACAAAGAGUAUGAUGAUGAAUUCACUGCAAUAAAAACUCAAGAUGAUUCCCAUACGGAGAGAGAAAGAAAGCUCUUGGAAGGAAAAGAAAGCCAAGAAGACAUUGCAGAUGAUGCUAGUCAAGAUUCUGGUGUGUUGCAUAGCACGCCUCUCCUCCGUCGACAGUCUACUGAGUUGUUUGACUCCGCUUGCACACCUAUCACAGCUGGGCUGGGAACCAAGCAAUCUCAGGGCAGUAACAAUGGUGCCGGUGCCCAGGAGUUUGUUACUCCAAAGCCUGGCAGGCGGAUGAGACGUAUGUCAACUAAUACUGAGACAACUUUAAGAAGAGCCUUGUUGUCUACCCAUGCUAAGAAGUUUGGUUCGCCCAGUCUGCACAGAGAAGACACGUCUCAGAUUGAGGGACCUUCUCUGAAGAACUCGUUUGGGUUCAGACACAGCCAGCAGUAUGUGCAGGACGCCAAGGCUCUCCAUGAGUUUCAAUAUCUGACCAUCAUGAGCGUAGAAAUCCAUGCUGAAACGAGAGGCGAUUUAAGACCUGAUCCUGAACACGAUCCUAUUCAGGCAAUAUUUUACUCCAUCUUCAAUGAUGUGCCUCCAGAGCAGGGCACCAGACAGGAAUCUGGUGUUUUCAUAGUUCACCCAGAAUCAGCCAAUCAGGAACAAGGAGACACCUGUUCAACAUCCAAUCAGAUGUCAGAUGACAAACCAGUGAGGUCACAUGGUGUGUCCCAGAAUGCCAAGGGGAAAGCCAAUGUUAAAAUUGAGGCAACAUUGCUAGAGAAGUCUGCUAUUCAUAACAUUGAUGUGAAAUAUGUGAAGGAUGAGAACGACCUUCUUCAGACAUUCAUUGAUUUUGUUCACAAGUGGGACCCAGACAUACUUGUGGGCUAUGAGAUACAGAUGCUGUCCUGGGGCUACCUGCUGCAGCGAGCUGCCACACUGAGCCUGAACCUCGCCAACUCCAUAUCACGUGUGCCCUCGGCCAAACAGUCGAGCCACCACUCGGCUGAGAAGGAUGAGUAUGGCGCAGACCACAUGUCCGAGAUUCACAUCGCUGGAAGAAUCGUACUCAACCUGUGGAGAGUGCUGAGGCAUGAGGUCACCCUGAAUAUCUACAGCUUUGAGAAUGUAGUCUUCCAUGUGCUUCAUCGACGCAUUCCCCUGUACUCGUUUAGGAGUCUGACAUCAUGGUUCAAACACCGCACACAUCUGCAUAGGUGGAAGGUUGUGGACCACUAUGCAACUCAAGUGAAGUGUAACCUACAACUGCUAGACCAGCUUGACGUGAUUGGUCGCACUAGUGAGUUUGCCCGCGUGUUUGGGAUCGAGUUUUACCACGUGUUGUCUAGAGGUUCACAGUACCGUGUGGAGUCCAUGAUGCUCCGUGUUGCUAAGCCCAUGAACUACAUCCCAGCCUCUCCCAGCGUGCUACAGCGUGCCCGUAUGAAGGCGCCGGAGUGCAUUCCCCUGACUUUGGAACCAGAAUCGAGAUUCUACACUGAUCCAGUGAUCAUCUUGGAUUUCCAAUCCCUGUAUCCCUCCAUCAUGAUUGCCUAUAACUACUGCUUCUCGACUUGCCUUGGACGCCUGAAGUGGUUUGACAAAGCUCAUGAAGGGCCUAUAGAGUUUGGUUGUACCUCCCUGAAGUUGGAGCCAUCUGUUAUCAAGAAACUCUCUGACAAGGUUUCAGUGUCUCCUAAUGGUGUGGUGUUCUGCUCACAGGACGUUAAACGUGGAGUCCUACCAAUAAUGGUGGAGGAAAUUCUCAACACUCGACUGAUGGUUAAAAAGGCCAUGGGAAGUUACAAGGAUGAUAAGACCCUGAGUCGGAUGCUCAAUGCCAGACAGCUCGGCCUGAAGUUGAUAGCGAAUGUCACCUAUGGCUACACAGCGGCCAACUUCUCAGGUCGCAUGCCUUGCAUCGAGGUCGGAGACAGCAUCGUACGCAAGGCCAGAGAGACCCUGGAACGGUCCAUCCGAUUGGUCGAGGAGACACCUAGGUGGGGGGCAAAGGUCGUGUACGGAGAUACCGACAGUAUGUUUAUUCUGCUGAAGGGAAAAAGCAAGGAUGAAGCGUUCAAGAUUGGUUAUGACAUUGCCAAAACAGUUACCAACAUGUUUCCCAAACCUAUCAAAUUGAAGUUUGAAAAGGUGUAUCUGCCAUGUGUGCUGCAAACCAAGAAACGCUAUGUGGGCUUCAUGUAUGAGACCCCAGAUCAGAAAGAACCUGUCUAUGAUGCCAAGGGAAUAGAAACCGUUCGUAGGGAUACAUGUUCAGCUGUGUCAAAGAUGCUGGAGCGCGCCAUCAAGAUCCUGUUCACAACCAAGGACGUGUCCCAGGUGAAGUCAUACGUACAACGGCAGUGCCAGAAGGUGAUGGAGGGCAGGGUGAGCCUGCAGGACUUUGUGUUUGCCAAGGAGUACCGCGGCAUGCCUGGCUACAAGCCUGGCGCCUGCGUGCCCGCACUCGAGAUAGCCAAGAAAAGCAUUCGUCAAGAUCGCAGGUCUGAGCCACGGGUGGGCGAGCGCGUGCCAUACGUGAUUGUGUACGGCAGCCCUGGACUGCCUCUGAUCCAGCUGGUGAGAAGCCCGUCGGAUCUACUGGCUGAUCCGUCACUGCGUCUCAAUGCCGUAUAUUACAUCACCAAGCAGAUUCUGCCACCUCUGGAUAGGUUCCUGUUUCUGUUGGGAGCGGAUGUUUUCUCAUGGUAUCAAGAAAUGCCUCAUUCUGCUGGGAAAGUUUCAAUCAUCAACACUGGUCAAGAACAGGCCAAAAAGGGCACUAUCUCCCAGUAUUUUGCUACAAGUAACUGCCCCAUCUGUGAUGGCCAGACGAAGCAAUCCAUCUGCAGGAACUGCUUGAACGACCCUCAAAUGGUGUGUGUGACGCUGAAUGAUCGCAUCAACAAAUGGGAGUGUGUCUACAGCAAUGUGAUGAAGGUUUGUGGAACAUGUACAGGGACAUCAGAACCUGGCACUGUGAACGCCUGUGUGUCCCUAGACUGCCCAAUCCUGUUCCGCAAGUCACGGGCUGCGGUUGACAUCAGUAGAGCCCAGGUGUACAGGGAUAUUCUAGCAAAUGUGUUCAUGUAACAUUUUGGCAUGGUUCAAAUGCUCACAUCAUAAGUUCCGGUGAAAUUUUAGACGUACUGGCAAACACGUUAGAUGUAUCACUCUCAUGGUGUGUUAAAGUAUGAAUUCCAAUCAUGUUUACAGAUGCAUACUGAUAUUGACAGAUAUUGACAGUGUGGUAUAAGUGUUUUAAAUAACUUUGAUCAUGAUGUCCGGUUGUUAAAUUGAACGGCAGUCAAGGCACAAGUGUACAGAGAUUUUCUGGCUGAUUUAUUUAAGUAUUUUUCUCAUGGUGUCCUGCUGAGAUUUCUGUCAUCCGGUUCUGGUUUUCGUCUUGUGAUGCUGCCUCUUCCAGUGGUUUUCUUUGUUUUCUUGCACACCUUUAACCCAUUUAUGCCUAGUGGACUCUCCCAUCCUUCUGAAUUUGAUCAAUUUGUUUCCAAAAAUAUGGAUGUCUAGUAUACUUAUUUCUAUAUUUAGAAUAUUUCUUACAGAAAUUCCUUUAAGCAAACAGGGGAGACCCAGAUGAGACGCCGCAUCAUGCGGCGUCUCAUCUGAGUCUAUGCUGUUUGCCAAGGCCUUUUUUCUAGAUGCUCGGCAUAAAAGGGUUAAAAUAAAAUUAAUGUUUGCUGUUAAAUUUACAUUUGUUGGAUUCAAACUGUAAAUUUCAUUUUAUUAUGUAUCACUUAGUAAUAAGAACUUAUCCCAUUUUAGACAAUCUUACAUUGCGUAUUAUCCAAUGUUACCCAAGUCCUUUUUCUCAAAAUGGUCAGAAAAAGGCUGAAUGCUGAAAUCACUGCUUGGCUUGGUAACAAGACCUCUUAUAUUUGCAUAUUUGACAUUCAAACAAAUCUGUUUUAAUAACCAAAGCUUCUCUUUGUUUUGUCAUUCAAAUUGAGUGGUGUUCAUAGGAAAGUAUUACUAUUGUAUGCUGAAAAUGUUUUCCUAGCUGGAGAUGCAAAUGUUACAUACAUUUGUAAAUAUAAUGUUGUAUAACACAGCUAUAUAAAGUGCUAUGUACGAAUGCAAAUUUCAGUGUCUGGUGAAACCUUACGGUUAUUAACAAUAUUAUAUUUACAGUGGAUAGUACAGUGGAUAGAUAAAAAUAUUUACAAAUGUAUGUUGUUUUUUUAUUUGAAACCUGCUGUUUGUGUAUUUGUUAAUUAUAACCCCACAAACGAAGUUUAGGGGGGUAUAUAGGAGUGAACUUGUCUGUCUGUCGGUCGGUCUGUCUGUCCGUAUUAAGUGUCCGCUUUUUCUAGGUCAAGUUUGAAUAUGGGUCAUGCCGGGUCAAAACUAGGUCACUGGGUAUCUUAGUGCGUUUUAAACCUCACCAUGUUGUUUGCUCUCUAAUUCAAGUAGUUUUCAUCCAAUCCUCACCAAACCUGGGCACAAGUUUUAUCUUAAUGAUCUCUAGGACAAGUUUGAACAUGGGCCUUUCUGUGCCUAAAACUAGGUCACGGGGUUACUUAGUGCGUUUUUUAACAUUCAGCAUGGUGUCCGCUCUCUAACUCAAGUAGAUUACAUCCGAUCUUCACCAAACUUGGUCAGAAGUUUUAUGGAGAUGAUCUUAAGGCCAAGUAAGAACAUGGGCCUUUCUGGGUGAAAAACUAGGUCAAGGGGUCACUUAGUGCGUUUUAAAAAUUGAGCAUGGUGUCCGCUGUUUUUUGUGAAGACGACAUGCAAAAUAUUAUGUGUCAAUGCGGCAUGUGGGGGUAUUCGUCACUUCAGUGACAAACUCUAGUUUCAUUAUAUCUGCUGUUCAUUUUUUAUAUUUAGCGAAUACAUUUAGUGUUUAGUAGGCAUGAAUCUAGAUCUCCUGGUUGAUCUCUUGAUUAAUGAUUUCAAUAAAGAAUUAUCUCUAUUUGGUUGUACUAAAUAAACGCUGUCAGAAACAUGUUGAUGGAUUGUCCUUUGGACCAUGUUCAGUGAUACAAAAUCAUUAAUAUUGGUCACAAGUUACUUCUGUAUUGAAAAAAUAUAAAUGGAUAAACAGGCACGGUGCCUAUACCAGGUGACUUUUACGGAUCUGUGUUGGGAGAAUAAAGCACGACCCAGUUAACAUUUGUAAGGAUCUCUUUUUAAAUAUUUCACCAUUUUUAAUGGGAUAAAGUGGAGAGCCCGCUCAUUCGUAAGAGUUUCCUAUAGGUAUCGUGAUCUUUUUAAACAAAUGAGUAUUUUUUUAGUGUAGUAAAGUGUAACCGCUAGUUUGAAUGGUUAGAAAAAUGUCGGAUCAGUGUGGGGACUUGAUAUUACAAACGCGCGGUUACACUUUACUGAAAAAAAUACUUAUUUGUUUAAAAAGAU